UGACCGGCCCCGCAGGGCUCGCGCGCCAAGUUCCGACCCGCGUGUCACUGCCCCGACCUGGAGGCGGCCGGGGCUGCCAGCGCGUCCCCAGCGCCCAGCGCCGCGCGAGAGCCGAGAGCCCUGUGGUCCGAGUGUGCCGACCCAAGCACCAGGGGAGCCCUUCAAUCUCACGGCCCCUCUCCGGGCCCAGAAGCCUCAGAGACUGACAGCUGUUGGAGCAUCCACCUGGCUCAGCCGGUCCAGGCCCUGCGGUCCCCAUGGCUGCCGGGAAGGGAGCUCUGCGGAGCCCUUCAGCUGAAAACAGAUGGCGGCUUAGUGAACCCGAGCAGGGCUGGGGCCGCAAGCCAGUGCUGCUGGAGAAAACAAACUGCCUGGGCUCUGAGGCUGCCCCGGGCAGCGGUGGCCGGGAUGAGGCCUGUGCCGAGACGGCGCAGUCAGCAGCCCCGGGCAAGUUCAGGCUGGGAAAGCUGAGGCCCCGGAAGGCUUGCUGGGAACAGGGGCAGAGCGCCUUCAUGGAGGUGCCUCGGCUCAAGAAGAGGCUUGGGGGCAGGCAGGCCCAGGAGAGGGUGCACAGUGGCCCUGCAGGCCAGCCGGGCCCCCAGCAGCUGACCCUGGACAACCCCAGGGACCCGGCUAGCAUCACCUGCUUCUCAGUGGGGCCCAGUGGGGCCCAUGGGGAGCAGAGAAGUGCCUUCAGCAAGCCAACCAGGAGUCCAGCAGGGAGACCGGGGCCAGCCUCACUCUUCCAGGCAGGCGGACCCGUAGACACCCUGGGGGAGCUGCUGGGACUCAUCAACACAGUGGAUGUCAGUUGCUGGGGUCGACUUUCCAACUCCAAGCUUUUGGUGGGUGAUUUCUGGAGCCUGCAAAGGGUGGCACCAAAUGCUCCUCUCUGCGGCACUUUCCUGGGUGACCCCAUGCUGUGGCUCAAGCAUGCCACGGCCCAGGUGCCCACACCUCCGUCGUGCUCCUCCACCGCCUCUUGGGCCCUGCUGCCCCCCACGCUCACCUCCCUGGGCCUGUCCACCCAGAACUGGUGCGCCAAGUGCAACCUCUCCUUCCGCCUGACCUCCGACCUGGUCUUCCACAUGCGGUCCCACCACAAAAAGGAGCACGUGGGGCCCGACCUGCAUUCUAAGAGGCUGAGAGAAGAGGCCCUCACGUGCCCCGUUUGCCACGAGUACUUCCGCGAGCGCCACCAUCUCUCCCGGCACAUGACUUCUCACAGUUAACAGGUGGUUUGGAACAAGGGCGUCCAGCACGCGGUCCUGAGGCUGAGAUGGCUCACGGGGCCUUCCCCCGAAAAGACUGGUCACAGUUGUCCGCAGGGCCGUCUCCUUGGGCGUUUGAGGAUGAACAGCUCAGUCAUAAUUGGAAAAAGUCAACCCGCCCCCGGGACGUGCUUAAAGGAAGUAAUGUCGUGAAAUGAUGUGCUUUGCUAAUGGCAGGGUAUGGUGACGAAUGGCAUCAAGUGCUUCUGACGUUUUCAAGAGUGAGGGCUCUGCUCCCGUCACCGUAACUCUCGCUCCAUGUGGAAGCAAGGCUGGCACCCAGCACGGGCUUUGGAGGCAGACAGACCUGGACUGGGAUCUUGGCCCUUUCACAUACUGGCCCUGAGCCUGGGCAAAUUGCUCUAGCUAUCUGAGUCCCAGCGUACUUCUCUGCAAACAUGGAGAUGGUGACACCUGUGUCUGAGGGAUGUUGUCAGGAUUGUAUGGGAAGACGUGUGGGAAAUGGCCAGCAUGUGCCCGGCAGUGUCAUCACAGAGUAAACAGUACUAUUAGCAUGAUCCAGAUUAGUCAACUAUUGUUAAGUGACAAAGUUUCAGUGGCCAACAAUGCAGAGCCCCUGUGUCUCAGUCAUGGGCCUGCGGGUUGCCUGGGGUUGAGCUGGGCUUGACUCCAAGGUUGCUUUCUCUCUCAGGACUGUUGGGCUGCCCGGUCAUGCUUCUCUCAUGGUUACGCCAAGAGCACAGCAGGACAAGUCCAAAUAUCCAAGCACAGCUCAAGCCUCUGCUUGGCUUGCUUCCGCUAAUGUCCCCUCGGCCAAUACAAGUAGGCGGCCAAGCCCAAAGUUAAGGGGUGAGGUGUGCAUAUGGCCAACGGGGAGGUCAUGAGUGAGUGUAUAAUCCUACAGGGGCCGGCGGAAUUGGGACCAAUAAUUCAACCAACACCUGGUCCCUGGUUCUUCACGUUCUGAAUACGUGAAAAUGGGAAAACGAAACAACGCAUACAUGCACACAUACACGCACACACACCCCUUAACUCUCAGGAAGUGAGCGUGCACAAAACCUUAAGGCUUGAGACAUUGUGAAGACUGGGAGAGUUCUGGGUACCGUUUACUAUCUGAUGCAUGUUGAGUUUCAGUACCUAUGCUGUUUAUCCACAUUUGUCCUUAUUCCUAACAAUGCAAACCUCAGGUCAUACACUCUGCUGUAACACAAGCCAGUCUGUGUGAAAGCCCUUUGUUGGAAUUUCUUUCAAGUCACUGCAGUUCUUUUGAGUGGUUUCCACCUCACUUUCAAGAUUUGUUCACUUGACCUGCAGUUUCCAACCCCUCCUCUGGGGCCUCGGUCACAGAGCUCAGACUUGUGGGUGGGAAGGAGCUGGUGGGGGUCUCAGCCAGCAGCGAGCCAGCCAUCCAAACACCCGCAGACUCCGCAUCCCCUCUCCAUCUCCACGGCAGGCUCCCACCUUGCCCGAGGCAGCUGCAUGUCCCCCCUGGCCCAGCCCACACCUGUCCCUCUCUCUCCCACUCCCCCCACCUCCCACCCAUUCUCCACAGCCAGAGGUAUAUUCAUUCAUUUCUUGGCCUCCCUGGGCACCUGUGCUGUGCCAGAUUGUGUGCCAGGCCCUGCUGGGGGCACAGUGAGUUCGACCCACUGUGUGAGUCGAACAUAGUCCUUGUUCAGGGUGUGAGAUGAUUAGGGUGCAGUGCGACAGAUGCAGAACAGAGGCCUG